CAGCCCUUGCUGUGUCCCACCAUGGCGUUCGCUGGCACCUGGCACAUCUACGCUCAGGAGAACCUCGAGCCCUUCCUCAAGGCUCUGGGGUUGCCAGAUGACACCAUCAAAAUGGCCAAAGAUAUUAAGCCUGUUGUUGAAAUACAACAAAAAGGCAACGACUUUGUUGUGACUUCCAAAACACCCAACAAAUCUGUAACCAACUCGUUUACACUGGGCAAGGAGGCUGACAUCACCACCAUGGAUGGCAGGAAGCUGAAGUGCACUGUGAACUUGGUCAAUGGGAAGCUGGUGUGCAAAUCAGAUAAAUUCUCUCAUGAGCAGGAAGUAAAAGGAAAUGAAAUGGUGGAGACCAUAACAUAUGGUGGAGUAACACUUGUCAGAAGAGGCAAGAAAGCCUAAAGACAGAUCCCC